AGAAGCCUCAUGGCUACUAUAAAAAGGGAAAACUGUAAGAAGGAAGUUGUUAUAAUUGUUGAUAUUGAAUAAGAAAAUACAUCUUCCACCAUACAUUUGAGUAGAGCAGAGUGCAGGACCGUAUCAUUGGUAUCAGCCAGUGUCCUCGAUCUUGCUCGAUCUUUCUCGUGUAUGCCUCAUGCUGCUUCCAAACGACCAAUGGAGUCGCGCGUCUACAAGCUGGAAACUUUGUUUGAAGAAUUCAAGCAGGAAGUCCAUGAAUUGCGAUCGGAAUCUUGAGCUGCGAAUGAGUUACUCCUGCAACAAAUCCAAUCCUUGUCAGUGAAAGGUAGUGGAUCGAAUGGCGAAUCCUCUGACACAACACGUUCCGAUCCCAAUUUUUGCACUGGGUAUGAACCCUAAUUUUCCACCCACUUUCGAUCGCCCCGAUCCGCAUUCGCAACCUUCAAAUCAAUGUUCCUCAUUUAUCAAAAUAGAUUUUCCCCAUUUUGGUGAUGGUGAUGAACCCCUGUCGUGUAUCUAUAAGCCCGAACACUAUUUCGAUUUCUUCCACAUCGACAAUUCUAAGAAAGUCAAGAUGGUUUCUUUCCAUUUGGAAGGCGAACCCCUUCAGUGGUUCCAAUAGGCGAAUUGUGUAGUCAAUUACCCUACCUGGGAGGAAUUCACAUCAGCUUUGUGUCAAGAGUUCGGAUCAUCAGAAUUCGAAGAUUCAGCAGAAAGUCUGGUCAAAUGGAGACAAUCAAGGACAUUACGGGACUACAUUCUGGAAUUCAGGCGUUUGGAAAAUCGAACAUUUGAUAUCUCUCCUUGCUAAAAUCUUGUUUCAUUGGCGGCCUUAAAGCUGAAUUACGCCAUGAUGUCAAGAUCUUGAAGCCAAUAAACGUUCUUGAAGCCAGGCUUAUGCACAGCAGAUUUAUGCCAAGCUUUUGGAUUUAAAGUGAAUGCCACGAAAGCAGUGUUAAUGAAUACUGGUGACCUUCAAGUGAUGUCUGGAGAAGACAUUUUGUGGCGGAGCUUUGAUCAUCCUUCCGACACAUUGUUGCCCGGCCAGAGGCUUAGCCGGAACAAAAUAACAGGCCAACAAGUGCGUCUGACAUCGUGGGCAACACUAGCUGAUCCAAAACCUGGAAUAUUUAGCGUAGGCAUCGAUCCAAAAGUUCCCAGGCAGCUAAUUACCUGGAAGGGAAAUGCUACAUAUUGGAAAAGUUCUGUUUACUUCAGUAAGGAUGUAAACACAUACUUUAGAAAUCAAAGUGGGGGCUUUUUUUACAUUGCUUACAGUUUUGAUGCUGAUGGUAUUUAUUUUACUUUUGGUGCGUCGGAUAACUCCAUAAAACUGAGGGCCGUUUUGAGUCCAUCAGGCAAGCUUAAUCUGCUGCUCUGGAUUGAUGAAAAUGAGACAUGGAUUGAAGAGUGGGCAGAGCCUACCAAUAAAUGUGACUUUUAUGCUCGAUGCGGUCCAUAUGGUGCCUGUGAUAAAACCGGUGAUCCAUUCUCGUCACAAUGCAAGUGUUUGAAGGGUUUCAGGACCCAAUUUAAGAAACAAUGGGCUAUGGAGGACUGGCCCGGUGGUUGUGUUCGGGAAAAGGCAUUGGUAUGUGAUAAAGGCGAAGUGUUUUCAAUGUUUGAGAAUAUGAAACCAGAUGAUGCUAUAAUUUUUGGAAAUAGGAAUAUGAGUGAAUGUGAAUCUGAAUGCCUUCAGAACUGCUCUUGCACAGCUUAUGCCUAUUCAAAGGUGAUAGAAAAAGGUGGUCUAGGAUGCUUGACAUGGUCUGGUAACUUGACGGAUCUUGUCGAGAAUCAUCGUUUUGGGCAAACCAUGUAUAUUCGUGUUCACCGCUCUGAUCAAGGUGGUAAGGGUCAUAUUCAGCAGCUUGCAAUAGCCAUAGUCUCGGCAAUAGCAGGAUCGCUGACAAUAAUUUUUGGCUAUUUCUUGUAGAAGAAAACUUUGAGAAAUGGAGGGAGCAUCGGAGGAAGUAUGAGUGAGGUUGUAAGAAAUGUUAACGCUGGAGGUGGAAGGAAUGAAACAGAACUACCACUCUUCAGUUUAAGGAGUAUAUUAGCUGCUACAAACAACUUCUCUGAAUCUAAUAAACUCGGAGAGGGAGGAUUUGGCCCUGUUUAUAAGGGGAUUUUGACUGAAAAUGAAGUAGCGAUAAAAAGGCUGUCAAGAAAGUCAGGACAAGGACAUCAGGAGUUCAUGAAUGAGUUGAAGCUUAUUGCCAAGCUGCAACAUACCAAUCUCGUUAGGCUCUUGGGUUGCUGUAUUGAAGAUGAAGAAAUGAUAUUGAUCUACGAGUUCAUGCCCAAUCGAAGUUUGGACAAAUUUUUGUUUGGUUGAUGCUCAUCACUUCUAACAUUAAUUCUUUCA